AUGGCGGAUGCAAUGGCUAAGUACCCUGCCAUGGACCUCUCGCUGGGUUGCAUGUACAUCGGUGUCAUGCUCAACGUUUGGCUCUACGGUUUUUCGAUUGUCCAAGCUUACAUCUACUACGUCAACUUCAAGACCGACAAGCCCUUCAUGAGGUACUUUGUACUCUUCCUCGUGAUUGCCGACACCGUCAACUCCAUCUUCGACCAGGUCUUCAUGUACCAGUACCUCGUCUCGCACUUUGGCAACCUCACUUACGCGUCCAAGAGUAACGCCGCCUUCGCCGCCGACCCGGUCAUGACCGGUAUCAUCGCUUUCUCCACGCAGCUCUUCUUCGCAUGGCGUGUGUACAAGCUCAUGCACUCCAAGAUCAUGCCCACGCUCAUCGCCAUCGGUGCUACGAUCUCGCUGCUUAGCGCCAUCGGCACCACCAUCGGUGUCGAGAUCGUACUCGAGUUUCAGAAGUUCCAAAAGUUCCAGGAGGUGGUCAUUCUGUGGCUUGGCUUUGCUGCCCUCACUGACGUGCUGAUUACGGGCUCGCUCGUGUUUACGCUCAACAAGUCGCGAACCGGUUUCGCCGCCACAGACGACGUCAUCACGAAGCUGAUCCGAAUGACGCUUCAGACGGGUGCGCUCACCACGCUGUUUGCCACUGUCGAUCUCAUUCUCUUCCUCGCUUCAACCAGCACGCUCCACUUGGUGUUCAACCUGCCGCUUGCCAAGCUCUACGUCAACUCGCUACUUUCGACGCUCAACGCGCGUGUUACUAUCGGCUCAAAUGCCCAGCAGUACACCAUGGAAGGUUCGCUCAGCGACAAUGCUCGUCGCGGCGUCAGCACCCGCACCAAGCGCUCCAACGUCUUCCGUCCCGGCAACAACAAUCAGCCCACCAUCAUCCGCACGCAGGCAUCGCACCACGACGAUGUCGAGAACGGACUCGGGGGUUUCAAUAGCCAGGACAACUUUGAGACUGGCAUCCACAUCAAGACGAUCGAAGAGACAUUCGAAGAGCGACACGAGGGUGACGGUAUGCGUAACUACCCUAGUUCGCACAAUGAUUCGCUGCCCGUGCUGGAAAAGAGCCGUGGCGCUGACGACGAUUCGCUCUGA